GUUGUUUUUUUUUUGUGCGUUUCGAACGAAGUAAAUACACGCGACCGUGAGAAAUUUGUUAAAGAUUUUCUGCCAAUUUUCAUAAUAAUCUAUAAAGAUUAGUGCAAUUAAUUCAAUAGUCACACGGUCUAUAGAACACGUAUGAAAAUAUCUGCAAUAUUAUAUCCUUAGUGGCUAUAUAUUCAAGUGAAAGCAAAGCAGCAGCAAAAGUGUAAAAAGAGUGCCAAAGGAAACGUAAAAAGAAACAAGAUAUAUCUAAUUGUAUAUGCAAAAAUAUCUUAAGAAAGGAAAAAAUGAUGCGUAUUCAAUUUGUUAUUGUUUACGGUAGUGAAAUAUAAAGUGGAAAAUAUUGCUUUUGUUGUGGAAAAUGCGUUUCAAUUUGCUGCUGAUAACAUUUUCAUUGAGUUAUUUCCUGUUUUAUGCUGCUGCUGCUGCCCAUGAGAAUACAAAGCAUACAGUACAAGAACCCAAAUCAAGCGACGCCAAAUUGGCGACGCCGAAUGCAGCUCCUCCCACGGAUACCCCUUCAGCAAAAAGAACUAUUGGUAUCGGUACCACCAACACCGCCAAAAGCGCCAAAAUAAAAACAGCUGAUCAAGAGAAUGUUCUUAAACCAAAUGAAAAUCGCCAAGAUAAAACUGUGAAUAUAUUACCCAACUAUAAGAAAGUGAAAAAGUUUCUCCAGCCCGUUGCAAACAAUGCACAUUCCUCCCCUGACCCCAACGCAGCGAGGCAAGGCAGGGGUGUGAAUUCAUUUAACACACCAUCAGUUUCGAUUGCACAUAAGGCUGAAGAAGAUGAUGAUGAUGAUGAUGAUGCUCUUAGUAAUAGUAAUACCAUAGUUGUAAAUGAUGUGAAUGAUAAAAGAGAUGGCGUUGAGCAAAGUGAUUUAGUUUUAAAUGAAAAUGUCGUUGUUUUAGGCGACAACAUAGAAGGCGCUGUCAAUGCUGACAGCAAUGUAGAUAUUUUGAAUUCUUUGGAGGCUGACGAAAGUAGAGGUGGUGCUCAUCAUGGGAGCAAAGGCAACAAUGUUGAUGAAACGUCAUUACCACUGUCGGGGCCAGCUGAUAAGGAGGUAGCCUCUGGCGGUGUUAAUGGAAUUGAUGAGACUGCUGAUAAAACCAAAAGUCUGCCUGAUAUCACGGAUAUUCCCACUGUCACCAUUGCCGAGUUGCCUUUGGAAAUUCUACAACCAUCGCAGAAUUCCUUGGAUCCGGUAAUUAUUGGCGGGGAAGUUGCUGAGAGCAGCAGCCGCGAUGAACGUGCGGUUAAUCGUACGUUGGAUAUUGAAGUAGAUAAUGAAGGUGACAUUCAAAAAGAUGGACAAAUUGUAAAAAUAAAUGACUCUGGUGGUGGUUCAGGCGAUGGUGAUGUUCCCACCAUGCCAGUAGCUAAUUUGGAGACUUCAGAAAUACCACCAACAACCUCACCAACGUCAGCGUCAACAAACAUUCCAAAUGAGACGACAAGCACAAAUAUCACCCAGCAACACUCAUCUCAACUCAAUGACAGUGAGUUAGAGAAGCCUAACACCACCAUCACAGCAUCAAUAUCAUCACCUUCCCCAUCAUCAUCAACACCAGCCGAAAAUUCAUCAGCUAGUCAAGUGAAUCUCACCGCUGAGGAAGUACCUAUGCCCGUCUUCUCCGAGUGGGCACAAAAACAAAUGGAGGAAGCUGAAAAACAAGCUCUGGAGCAAGAGCAAACCUUUAACAAUUCGGCUCAGCGCAAAAAUAACACCAACGGCAAUGGCAAGCCGGCAGCUCUCAAAAUACGAGCGAAAAAUUAUGCCUCUCCCGAUUGCGGGGCAAAGAUAAUUGCAGCAAGUGCCUACACCACCAACGCCGGCGCUGUAUUGAGUGCAUCCAGGGAUGAAUAUAUGCUAAGCUUGUGUGGCAAUCGCAUAUGGUUUGUCGUAGAGCUGUGCGAGGCUAUACAGGCGCAGAAAAUUGAUUUUGCCAACUUUGAAUUGUACUCAUCUUCACCGCAGAAUUUUACAGUUGCUGUCUCUAAGCGUUUCCCCACCAGGGAAUGGUCUAAUGUGGGACGUUUUGUGGCCAACGAUAAGAGGGCGGUGCAAAGUUUCGAUCUGCAUCCGCAUCUCUUUGGCAAGUUUGUGAGGGUGGACAUCAACUCGCACUACUCCAAUGAACACUUUUGUACUUUGUCCUUAUUUCGUGUCUUUGGCACUUCAGAAUUUGAAGCUUUCGAGACGGAAAACCAUCCAAAUGAGGAGUUAAAUGAUUUCGAUGAUGAAGACUUGCAGGAGCAAUCAAAAAAUAGCGAGCCAAAUCUAUUCAAAUCAGCCUCUGAUGCUGUGCUGUCGAUAGUCAAAAAGGCCACCGAAUUGGUGGGCAAACCAUCAAAUAAUCAGAACCAAACAUUUAAGACACCCCAACAUGCCAUGGUCUGUCGUACACCUAUGUAUGGGCUAUUCAGCUGUGCUGAAUGUUCCUCCACACUGGUGGAUCGCGUCAACAACGCCCUGUCCUGUGAGUUUCGGCAACUGAAUUCUUUGCUGAGCGUGCCAGAGAUACGCAGCGAUAUUGUUAAUACUCGUGUAUGUGCCAAACUAUAUGGCAUCGAGACCAGACAACAGCUGCUGGCCUCACAGAAGGACAUAAAACAAAGCUUCUAUGUAAAUAUUUUGCCCCAUGACUAUGUGGGAGCUCUUUGUCAACUCUUAGCCAUGCCCAGAGACGAAGGAGCCAUAAAAGAUCGCCCCGACAUCAGUGACAGCGAUAAAAAUGAACCCGAGGAAGCCAGCACCAAUCAGACAUUAGAUAAGAAAUUUGGCAAGGAAGACUUGGAGCUUUUACAUAAGCCAGAAACCAAAUUGAUAAGACCCGAAAUGCCCAUUGUAAAAGAAAAUCACGAAGAAAUCAUAUCCUCUGAAUCCACAGAAACAACGACGGAAAUACCCUUGGACGAAAGCCAACAACAAUUGCCCAAACCCUUGGAAAGGCCCGAAGAUGUAGUGGAAGUUACGACAUCAACACCAAAAGUUGUAGAACCAGCACCUAGUAUACCUGACAAAAAUAUAUUCAAUGUACCUGCCGAAGAGCUACCCCCCUCAGAGACUGAAUUACCUGUAACGCAAUAUGUAGAGGCACCUGCAACCUCAACAGAAAGUUUCGAACCAACCACAUCAUCAUCAACGCACACAACAACUACUGGCUCGACGACCACUACAACACCUGCACCCCCUACCCCAGCCCCAACACAGCAGCAAAGGAAUGAAGAAGAUUCCAACUCGUGGAACAACAUCGACAUGCUUUUGACUUCAACGCCUCCAUCGACAGUGCCAGGUGGCGGCGGUGGUGGUACAUUGGGUGGCUUACCUCAAACAAAUGGAGCUGCUGCUAACCUUAAUCAAAAAUUGUCCAAUGGUCCUCAAUCGGAGAGUGUUUUCAUACGUCUCUCAAAUCGCAUAAAGGCACUGGAGCGUAAUAUGUCGCUUUCGGGCCAAUACCUCGAAGAGCUCUCGCGUCGCUACAAGAAACAAGUCGAAGAACUGCAACAGACGCUGACACAACAAACUCUAACCGUACGCACCCUGGAGGAACAAAAUCGCCGCCACUAUGAACUGGAACAGUUGUACGCACAACGUAAUAGCCAACUUAAGCAUGAAUUGGAUGACCUAACACUGCAAGUACAUGCCUGUAUUGUGGUCAUAAUCUUUGUGGGCGCAUUUGUCUUUCUGGUGCUAAUGGUUGGUAUUCUGUUCUAUCGUUCCCUACGAAGGGAUACCAAAGAAGUGCUCUCUCUGUAUGGCAAGGGUGUGAAGCGAAAAAACGAUGCAACCAACAAUAGUUCAAACGCACAAAGGAAAUUGAAUCGCCGCAAAUCUUUUGAGGAUUUCUCCGAUCAUCAACAACGGCGUGAAAGCGAUGUAAAUAAUUCAUGUACCAGUGAGAAGAUGCGUCGACCAAGUGAAGAGGCUAUGCUCAUAUUGAAGGAGUGUAAAUGUGAGAACAGAUUGGUGGUGGCUGGACAAGUCAAACCUGGUUCAGAUGCCGAAGUCAUUGAUAGUCAUAUGAAUAAUGCAAACGUUGCUGGACGACAGCGAAAAAUUUCAAUUUGUUAUGGUAGCAAUAACAACAUAAAUUCAACAACGGCUCCAGCAACUGCUUUGCAAACCCAAAAAUCUGGGGUUGGUAGGCGAAAAGGUGAAAAGUAUUCUUGGCCCAAUACGGCUCAUGCCCAGCAGCAAGCUUUGCAGCAUUUGGAGGAAUUAAAUAACGCAGAUAUUUUGGAGGAUUCCCCAGAGAUAUUUGCAGCGAAAAGCAAAAAACCCCCCUUUGUGAAUGGCUCCCAAUCAACAAAUAUCAACAAAUCGAAGAAGAAGAAGGACUUUCUGCGGAGGCAGGAAUCGUCUCCACCGGAAAUUGGCAGUAUGCUAAACAACACAUCACCAGCAAUUUUAUCGAGUGCUGCCAGUGACUACGAUGAAACCCUUGUCCUAGAUGAGGAUGAUCUCGAUAAUUUUAUACCUAAUGCCGAUUUAGCCUAUAAUGAGUUUAUGCCCGGUGGUCCGCGUGGCUAUCAGUGCGUAGCCCCACCAGCGAAUGCCAAUAACAAUCCUGCCUCGAAAACCCCCAAACAGUUGUCGUCGUCGUCGUCCAAGUCGACUGAUGGCAAUGGCAAAAAAACACGCCGCUUGUCUUCGCCAGUUUUCUUCAAAUCGCCAUUUACGAAAUCCCUUAAAGGUAAAAUGACCUCAUCCAAAUCUAAUCCACCACAUGAGUCUACAUCAUGGGAAUGGUAUCGCUUGCGCAAAUCCUCAUCAGCUAAUAACGGUAGUCAAAAUGCGGCUACAUCUUCUACUAACGCAUAUUUACGUGUAUCACCAAAUGCCAGCUUGGACUCAUCAUCGUUGUCCGAAAUUAACUUUCCCACUAAUUCCACAGAAAAUUCAUUUCGCAUUUUAGAAGAGGCUAUCUUGUCAUCAGGUGAAAGUGCCAUUACUAGUACCACCACCACAGGAUCAUCAUCGGCCAAUGGUAAUAAUAGAUCGGCCAUAAGUAAUAAUAAAUCAGGAGCGAAUGCAGCUGAAAGCGCCAGCGGUGGCAAUAUGAUGCUAAUGAGUAGUGGCAUAAGCAGUAGUAGCAAUAGCAAUCGUAGUUCAAGUUCGAAUUCAUCAACGACCCAAUCGAAAAAGAAGAAUCGUAGUUUUAACAAAAUAUUCCGCAAAGUGUUUUGAGUAGAAACAAUAAAUGUGAUAAUGACGAGGAUGAGAAAAAUCUGGUGUAGUCAUUGAAAAGUGUCAA